CUGGAGACCUAUCCGGAGGGUCUCGACGAGGGCCCAGGGCAGGCCCGGCCUCCGACGGACGGCGCGGAGGGCGAGGAAUGCGCGGAAGGAGGAGAGGCCACCGGGGUCCCGGCGGGAGAGCACGAGAUUGAUAUCAACGCUCCCAUCAAGCGUCUCAUCCACAAAGUGCACGUUACCCUAGGGCACCCUAGGAAGGAGAUUUUUCCGAAGGUUUUGUGGGCGGCGCACGCCCGCCCGGAGAUCGCCCGAUUCGUGAGAGAUGAGUAUGAGUGUGCGGACUGCCAGGCCCGGGUCCAACAGGCCGGACACCGGGCCGUGGCCAUCCGUAGGACUGUCCAAUUCAACGAGGUCAUAGCUGUAGACACCUUCAAUCUCUCCUUUGAAGGGGCGUGUGCCACGGGACCAACCUUCAGAUCGUGGAGGUGUUCGAUGGGUCCUCGGAUGGGGGCCUGGAAGGCCUUCGUGAGGGCCUGGGUGGGUCCGUUUGGCCCCCCCGAAAUGUUGCUGUUGGACGGGGGGCCAGAGUCCGAGGCGCACUUCGAGCGUGGCCUCGAGCACCUCGGGGUUUUCCACCGCGUGGUGGACUCGGAGAGUCCAUGGGGAAACGGUAGGGCUGAGAGAUGCGCGGGGUGGGUGAGAGAAAUCCUGGUCAGGGCGUCGGAAAGCUCGGUAGUCACUACUCGGGCGAAGUUGGAGACUCUCCUGCGCGAGGUGGUGCCGGCGAAGCACCGAUGCCUGCGCCACGGCGGGUAUAGCCCGUUUCAGCUCGUGUAUGGCACCAACCCUCGCCUCCCCAACGACCUCCUCUCGGGCGACGGAAUCCGCCAGGGCGCCGCCGCUGCCGACUAUGCCCGGCAGCGUGCCAUUCGGGAUUUGGCGCGACAGGAGCUGUUCCGCACAACGAGCAAGCGGAAGCUGGCGGAGGCGUCGAAGGCCAAUGUCCACCCGGACUCCAGGGUUAACCCCG